UGUCUGUGUGCUCUCUCCACUGAUAGGUGGUUCCACCCCAACAUUUCGGGCAAGGCAGCUGAGCAGCUGUUGCUGCUGCACGGAGUGAAUGGAAGUUUCCUGGCGAGACCGAGCCUCAGUAAUCCUGGGGACUUCACUCUCUCAGUCAGACGAGCGGGUGGCGUGGUGACCCACGUGAAGAUCCAGAACACGGGGGACUACUACGACCUCUACGGGGGUGAGAAGUUCGCGACGCUCGCUGAGCUGGUGGAGUACCACACCCAGCACAGCGGGCAGCUGAGGGAGCUGAGUGGUGACGUCAUCGCCCUCGUGCAGCCCCUCAACAGCGCUGACCCCACGUCUGAGAGGUCAGGAGGUCACGGCGGAGGUGUAGAGGUCACGGGGCAGGAGUUAGAGGUCACGGUGGAGUACCACACCCAGCACAGCGGGCAGCUGAGGGAGCGGAGUGGUGACGUCAUCGCCCUCGUGCAGCCCCUCAACAGCGCUGACCCCACGUCUGAGAGGUCAGGAGGUCACGGCGGAGGUGUAGAGGUCACGGGGCAGGAGUUAGAGGUCACGGUGGAGUACCACACCCAGCACAGCGGGCAGCUGAGGGAGCGGAGUGGUGACGUCAUCGCCCUCGUGCAGCCCCUCAACAGCGCUGACCCCACGUCUGAGAGGUCAGGAGGUCACGGCGGAGGUGUAGAGGUCACGGGGCAGGAGUUAGAGGUCACGGGGCAGGAGUUAGAGGUCACGGUGGAGUACCACACCCAGCACAGCGGGCAGCUGAGGGAGCGGAGUGGUGACGUCAUCGCCCUCGUGCAGCCCCUCAACAGCGCUGACCCCACGUCUGAGAGGUCAGGAGGUCACGGGGCAGGAGUUAGAGGUCACGGGGCAGGAGUUAGAGGUCACGGUGGAGUACCACACCCAGCACAGCGGGCAGCUGAGGGAGCGGAGUGCCCCUCAACAGCGCUGACCCCACGUCUGAGAGGUCAGGAGGUCACGGGGCAGGAGUUAGAGGUCACGGGGCAGGAGUUAGAGGUCACGGUGGAGUACCACACCCAGCACAGCGGGCAGCUGAGGGAGCGGAGUGGUGACGUCAUCGCCCUCGUGCAGCCCCUCAACAGCGCUGACCCCACGUCUGAGAGCCCCUCAACAGCGCUGACCCCACGUCUGAGAGGUCAGGAGGUCACGGGGCAGGAGUUAGAGGUCACGGGGCAGGAGUUAGAGGUCACGGUGGAGUACCACACCCAGCACAGCGGGCAGCUGAGGGAGCGGAGUGGUGACGUCAUCGCCCUCGUGCAGCCCCUCAACAGCGCUGACCCCACGUCUGAGAGGUCAGGAGGUCACGGCGGAGGUGUAGAGGUCACGGGGCAGGAGUUAGAGGUCAUGGUGGAGUACCACACCCAGCACAGCGGGCAGCUGAGGGAGCGGAGUGGUGACGUCAUCGCCCUCGUGCAGCCCCUCAACAGCGCUGACCCCACGUCUGAGAGCCCCUCAACAGCGCUGACCCCACGUCUGAGAGGUCAGGAGGUCACGGGGCAGGAGUUAGAGGUCACGGGGCAGGAGUUAGAGGUCAUGGUGGAGUACCACACCCAGCACAGCGGGCAGCUGAGGGAGCGGAGUGGUGACGUCAUCGCCCUCGUGCAGCCCCUCAACAGCGCUGACCCCACGUCUGAGAGCCCCUCAACAGCGCUGACCCCACGUCUGAGAGGUCAGGAGGUCACGGGGCAGGAGUUAGAGGUCACGGGGCAGGAGUUAGAGGUCACGGUGGAGUACCACACCCAGCACAGCGGGCAGCUGAGGGAGCGGAGUGGUGACGUCAUCGCCCUCGUGCAGCCCCUCAACAGCGCUGACCCCACGUCUGAGAGCGCUGACCCCACGUCUGAGAGGUCAGGAGGUCACGGCGGAGGUGUAGAGGUCACGGGGCAGGAGUUAGAGGUCACGGUGGAGUACCACACCCAGCACAGCGGGCAGCUGAGGGAGCGGAGUGGUGACGUCAUCGCCCUCGUGCAGCCCCUCAACAGCGCUGACCCCACGUCUGAGAGGUCAGGAGGUCACGGCGGAGGUGUAGAGGUCACGGGGCAGGAGUUAGAGGUCACGGGGCAGGAGUUAGAGGUCACGGUGGAGUACCACACCCAGCACAGCGGGCAGCUGAGGGAGCGGAGUGGUGACGUCAUCGCCCUCGUGCAGCCCCUCAACAGCGCUGACCCCACGUCUGAGAGGUCAGGAGGUCACGGGGCAGGAGUUAGAGGUCACGGUAGAGGUGUAGAGGUCACGGUGGAGUACCACACCCAGCACAGCGGGCAGCUGAGGGAGCGGAGUGGUGACGUCAUCGCCCUCGUGCAGCCCCUCAACAGCGCUGACCCCACGUCUGAGAGGUGGUACCACGGCCACAUGCCCGGCCGCGAGGCGGAGCGCCUGCUGCUGGAGCGAGGCCGCGUGGGGAGCUUUCUGGUGCGAGAGAGCGCCAGCAAGCCCGGCUCCUGCGGAGGAGCAACAGCGGGAGGGGGAGGGGCCACGGCGAGCGUCACGCACAUCAUGAUCCACUGGGCGAGUGGAAAGUGUCACGUGGGUGGGAAGCGAUUUGACAGUUUGCCGGACCUCAUAGAACACUACCGGGAACACCCCAUGACAGAGGAGAGUGGAGUUGUUGUACAGCUGUCUCAUCCCCUGUACUCCACUAGGAUCUCCGCCUCCCAGAUCGCUCGCCGCGUUGAGGAGCUCAGUGCUGACACUGCCGGAGGUCAGCGAGGAUUCGCUGACGAGUUUGAGUUACUCCAGCAGCUGGAGGGUAGCCUCCUGUACAGCCGCAGCGAAGGGCAGAAGGCCCACAACAAAUCUCGCAACCGCUACAAAAACAUCCUGCCAUUCGACCACAACCGUGUGGUGCUGACGGACGGAGACCCAGACGUGCCUGGCUCCGACUACAUCAACGCCAACACCAUCACGUAUUCGAUCUCCGAGAGCGUUCCGCCCUGCCGCUACAUCGCCACCCAGGGUUGCCUGGCAACGACCCUCAACGACUUCUGGAGGAUGAUUUACCAAGAGGACUCGCGUGUGGUUGUCAUGACAACCAAAGAAGUGGAGAGGGGGAAGAACAAGUGCGUGCGUUAUUGGCCUGACGUGGGUUCGAGCCGCGACUUUGGGUCUCUCCGCGUCGAGUCGCUGAGUGAAGUCCCGCACAGCGAUCACACCCAGAGACUCAUGCGACUCUACCACACUUCUCACCCAGACCUAGUUAGACACGUCUGCCACUUCCACUAUUUGUCGUGGCCCGACCAUGGAGUUCCCGAGACAGCGUCGGGAAUUCUUUACUUCCUGGCAGAGGUGAACGCACGCAUGGCCGAAACGUCGCGGGCAGGGCCCGUGGUUGUGCACUGCAGCGCUGGGAUCGGCCGGACGGGCACUUUUAUCGUCAUCGACAUCCUCACCAAGCUGAUCGCUCACCACGGAGUCGAAAGUGACAUCGACGUUUCUGCCACGAUCCAGAAAGUUCGUGCCCAGCGAUCCGGCAUGGUGCAGACAGAGGCUCAGUACAAGUUUGUCUACAUGGCUGUACAAGCCUACUUAGACAUGAAGAACAGAGAUUUACAGAAUCAGGAACCCACUGUACCCACACAAAGACAAAGCUCUCUACGGUGCAAGACGGACCCCAACUCUCUUUACGAAAACGUUGCCGUGCUGUCUAAGAAGAAGUGAACUCACCACCAUCCUCACCAACACACUCACCAACACACUCACCACCACACUCACCACCAUCCUCACCAACAUCCUCACCACCAUCCUC